AAGCAAACUCGAUUGAGUGGCCAUUUUUUUUUUUCAUUUAAACAAAACUAUGAGUUAAAAGUAAACACAAAAGGGAAGAGGGCAAACCAGCAUGGACUCACUUGACAGUUUUAUAAAGAAGAAAAAGGAAGAAAUAAAAGAAAUCAAGGGAAACAAGAGAUGGUUCAAGCAGGCAGAGUUGGAGAGUAAGAAAAAAACAGAAAUUAACAAGUUUUACGAAAAUGAAUAUAAAAAGAAAAAAACGGAGGAAUAUGAAAGGCUAAAGAAAUUGAAUGACGAACUGGACGCAAAACGCAGAAAACACAGCGUAGACGUGAAGCAUGAAGAAACAAAUACAGAAAUAACUUUAACGAACAGACAGAUAAUCAUUUUGCUGCGGCAGCUGAAGGAACCAAUAAGGCUGUUUGGAGAAACUGACUUGGAAAGAUACAACAGACUGAAGGAGUUAAAAAUAAACAAAAACGAGUUAAAAAUUAAUGUGCAAAAUGUAUUUGGCGAUGUCCUAAGGGGGAAAUUAAAAGAAAAUUCGCUAGAUUUAAUUGAGGACAACCUGGAAGACGAUAUUGACAAUGCCAACUCGAAAGAGUCAGCAGAAUUGAGCGGAUCCACAGCAGAAAAAAAAAAUGAUGAAAAGGGCCAGGGAGUGGACAAGGAAAGGGUUAUACUCGACUGGAUAAAAAGUACAAUGAAGGAGUGGAACGAAGAAAUUGAAAACAGCGAUGAUGGCAAAAAGAAAAUAAAGAAAGCUACGUACUUACAGACGCACAAGGAUUUGAAACCACUGGAGAAGAAGCUGAAGCAGAAGAGCCUGGAAGCAGACGUGCUGGACAAAAUAUACAACAUCGUUUCUCGUUGCCAGGAGAGGAACUUCAAAGCGGCGCACGAUGCGUAUAUGCUACUCGCCAUAGGGAACGCCGCCUGGCCCAUGGGGGUCACGAUGGUUGGGAUUCACGAACGUGCUGGACGAUCCAAAAUUUUCGCGUCGGAGGUUGCACACAUCCUUAAUGAUGAAACGACGAGGAAAUAUAUUCAAAUGAUUAAAAGGUUACUAUCCUUUUGCCAACGGAAAUAUUGCAGCAACCCCUCGGAGGCAGUCAAUUUGUCCACCAUCCACAUUUAAUUUAAAGUUUUGUCUUUUUUUUUUUUUUUUUUUACCUGACUGUUCAGAAUUUUUUUUCACCUUUUCCGUUCCCCUUUGUUUUGCCAUUUUUUGAAGUGCCCAUAGGGGUGCAGACAGAGUGGGAAUUUCACUUUUUAUAAAUUGCGUCCUUUCACGUUUUAUAAAAUUGCGUCCAUUCACGUUUUAUAAAAUUGCGUCCUUUCACGUUUACUUUUUACGCCGACUUUUGCGCCGACUUUUUUUUGUCUUAACUAACAAUUCGCUCACCAGCAGCGGUAACAUUUAUCAUGAAAAAAAGUUUCAAAAUUGUGGAGAG